AUGAUACUAGGUGAUUUUAAUGAAACUUUGGACGUGUCCGAGCACUCGAAUUUUGAUAGCUCGCCGUUAAUAACCUCUGGAAUGAGAAGGUUCCAAGACACUGUAAAUCAUUGUUCCUUGACUGAUAUGGCUUAUCAUGGCCCUCUUUUCAUUUGGAACAAUAAGAGGGGAGCUGAUCUUAUAUCAAAGAAGCUGGAUAGGGUCCUUGUUAAUGAGGUUUGGAAUCAGGACUAUCCUCAGGCCUACUCAGUCUUCGACGCUGGAGGCUGUUCGGAUCACUUACGCUGCCGUAUUCAAAUUAACACGCCAACACUUUCUUCAAGAAGGAAGCCGUUUAAGUUUGUUAACGCAGUUACCACACUUGCGGAGUUUCUACCCAUGGUGAAAGAUUUUUGGGAAAAUACAGAACCUAUUUUCCUCUCAACGUCCUCCCUUCAUAGAUUCUCAAAGAAGCUUAAAAAUUUAAAACCACAGAUAAGGGGUCUGGCGAAAGACAGGAUGGGAAAUCUGGUUAAAAAAUCUCGAGAGGCUCAUGAAGAUCUCUGCAAAAAACAGGAAUUAAAUCUCUGUUCUCCAUCUUCUCAACAUAUGGAGGCUGAGAAUGAAGCUUUUACGAGAUGGGAAUUUGUAGCGGGUCUUGAAGAGAGUUUCCUCAAGCAACGAUCGAAGCUGCACUGGCUGAACAUUGGUGAUCAAAACAAUAAAACAUAUCAUAGUGCUAUCGCUGCUCGAGAGGCGGUAAAUGGAAUCAAAGAAAUACGGUGUCGAGUUGGAACUCUGGUAAAUGAUGAGAAUGGAAUAAAGGAGGAAGCUGAGAGUUUCUUUUGA